AUGGCCGACGACGGGCUCGACCGGUGGCGCGGCUUCUUCCGGGGCGCCGGCGUCAGCAUCUGCGAGACCAUCGAGAAGGCCAUCCUCGUCGCCGCCGCCGACGAGCCGCAGGAGUUCCUGCGCCGCCGCGACCGCAUAGCCGAGCGCCUCUUCAACGCGCUCCUCGCCCGCCCCUCCUGCCACGGCUGCACCGCCAGCACCGGCUCCGUCCCCCCCGCCACGCCCGCCGUCGCGGAGGACAAGGGCAGCGUGCGCCGCGUCCCCGAGAAGGAGUCCAAGGUCGAUAGCAGCAGCCUCGGCGCGCCCGGGGGUGGGGCGCUCGGCGGCGGCAUCAGCGAGGAUGAAGACUCCGACUCGGAGGACGACGAGCGCCUCCGCCGCGCCGCCGCCAGCAACUACGGCCACAACUAUGAUGACGACAACGACGACGAGGAGGAGGAGGAGGAGCAGGACGCGGCCGCACCGGCGGAGGAGGACCACCACGCUGAAGACGACGACCCGGAGGCUGAGGAGCUGGAGGCCCUCACCAACGAGAUCGAUGAGGAGUCGCAGAUCGUUGGGGAGGUCCUCCGCAUCAAGGAGCUCCUCCUGCACAAGCAAGACCAUUCGGAUGCUACUCUGUUCGACUCACUUAGGAGGCUGCAGCUGAUGCAAUUGUCCGUCUCCACGCUUAGGGCUACUGAGAUUGGGAGGGCUGUUAAUGGCCUUCGGAAGCACAGCUCGCAGCAGAUUCGUCACCUCGCGCUGGCUCUCAUUCAGGAUUGGAAAAUUUUGGUUGAUGAGUGGGUCAGUACUACCAACGUUGCCCUUGCAGACAACUCCCCAGGAACUUCAAACCCUUCUGUUGUGGAUGAUGAUGAUGAAGAAGAAGGCCUUCCUUCUCCACCUUUGGAUGAAGGAGCAUUCUUUGCACCUGAGACUACUGCCAUUCAACUCUCUGAGUUCUUUGACGAAAUGGAUGAAGAUGGAAACUUGAGACACAACAAUGAUGCUCGCAUUGGAAACAAGAGGGAAAACAAUGGCAGGAGGCCUGCAAACCAUUCAACUGUGUCAAAACCAGAACUUACUCGACCUGUUGGAACUGUUGAAAGAGAUCAGUUCCGGAGGCCAGAAUUGACAAGGCAAGAACCACCAAUGAGGCAUACAAACCAGCAAAGACCUCAAGGUUCAAAUUUGCAAGCCAAGCCCCAAGGCAUGCUCAACAAGCAAUCCAGGCCCCUGAGUUCUGAUUCUGGAUCUAUGAGACCAAUGAAGGCAGCUACUCAACAGAAGCCCAUCGGUGAGAUGAAGUACAAACAGACCCAGGAACACUUCGGUGUCGAAAGAAAACCUACAAUGGGUCAUGUGGAUAAAUCAAGGCUUCGUGCACAGCCUUCAUCAGGAGUCAGGUUAGAGUCGGCAAGGCCAAAGACCCAGGAUGGCUUGGAAAGCAACGUAAGGUUGGAAGCAGCCAAGCGUAGGCUCCAGGAACGUUACCAAGAAGCUGAAAAUGCUAAGAAGCAGCGCACGAUACAAGUAAUGGAGCUGGGGGACAUACCAAAGCCUAAGAGUAACACCAGGCAACCUAUGGUGAAGUCAAGGAAUAACAUUAGAAGUAGGGUACUCGGCCGGCGCUGA